AUGGCUGCAUUCAGAAGGUCUCACAGAGAUUACACAGUGGGCUGGCUGUGCGCUCUUCCGAUAGAGACCGCGGCCUCAAAAGCGAUGCUAGACAGGUUGCAUCCUCCACUGCCUCAGCCAGGGAACGACCAUAAUCUGUACACCCUCGGGGAGCUUCAUGGGCAUAAUGUUGUGAUUUCCUGCCUUCCGUCUGGUGUGUAUGGCACCACAUCCGCUUCUAUCGUUGCCGUCCAGAUGCUCAACACGUUUUCCGCGAUCCGCUUCAGUCUCCUCGUAGGCAUCGGCGGCGGGGUUCCCAAUGGGGAUACUGAUAGUAGACUGGGGGAUGUGGUGGUCAGUAAACCGACGAGCACAUACGGUGGAGUUGUGCAGUAUGACUAUGGCAAAACGGUUGCCACGGCUCAGAUGAUGACCCAGUGUCCCGCCACGAAGAGGCUAUCCCGUCCAGGGUCGGAGUUUGACAUUCUAUUUGACCCCAGCUAUCGACAUCCUGUCUCCCAGGACAAAACUUGUCUUCAAUGUAAUCCAGAUCGCAAAAUCCCUCGCAGACGGCGUACUUUGGACGUUCCUAACAUCCACUAUGGGCUGAUUGCCUCUGGAAAUCAGGUCGUGAAGGAUGAUUCUCAUAAGAUCAAGCACUGGCAGCCCUAUGCGGCAGCAGUGGCGAGUGCGUAUGCGAAAGAGCUAUUGUCGGUUAUUCCAGUGGUACAGCUCGAUCUCUUCCCAGAAGCGCUCACUUAUGUGAGAGGUGAACCGAGUACCGACCCAUCUGAAAAGGAGGAGAAACCCCAUCACAGAGAGUUGACAAUAUCCGAUAACGUUUUGACCAAGGGCAGAGAGAUUGAGCCUGCUCGCCGCAAGGAGGUUCUCGCCACGGCUGGAAUAUCGGACAACGCCCAUUUGUGUUCUGAGUGCACCUUGAUACAACCCGCUAGAGAGUCGAACUAG